UAAUUUUGUAUUGACUAAAUACAGCUAUCUAUACGUCAUAUUGGACGAUAUGUUAAAUUACAUUAGGGAUACUUUUAAGUGAUUGAGUAAAAUGCUGCAUGUAAUGUUGCAUGUAAUUCUAUGCUGUGUUUUCAUAAAUGUUUUGACUGUAAAUGGUGGAGGACCACACUUUUGCUCGCCUGGAUAUGCUAAUCCUUGUCAAAACGGAGCAACAUGCCUCGCUAUCAACGGUGGCUAUUCUUAUUCCUGUCGUUGUAAGGCGGGGUUCACCGGCAAAAACUGUGAUUUGAUAGAUUGUUCUAGUUCUAUCUAUUGCAAAAAUGGAGGAACGUGUUCAGCUACAAACGGUGGGACAAGUUAUAACUGUAACUGCGCAGACGGUUGGAAAGGAAAGAAUUGUGAAUAUAUAGAUUGUAGCAGUCCGAUCCAUUGUGGUAGUUAUGGAAUUUGUCAGCCAAUCAACGGAGGAUAUGACAAAACCUGCAUUUGUUUAUACGGAUGGACGGGGCCCAACUGCGCUAAGAUAGAUAUUUGCACACCAUACAAGGAAGCCGAUAUAGUGUUUGUCAUGGAUAACUCGCUAAGUGGUGGUAACGGAACGAUGGGAAAACAAAAGGAAUACGUUAAAAACUUUAUGUCUAAAUACCGAACUGGACCACCAAACAACCGCUAUCAAUUUAGUCUUGUGACAUAUUCACUUCAAGCGACAGUCCAUUUUUACUUGAAUACCUAUAACAAUGACACAGAUUUACAAAACGCCGUGGAUCUAGUUGAUGAUAACUGUGGUGGCCCUAGUUUUACAGGAAGCGCUUUGAGCAAAGUCCGUCAAGACGUCUUUAUGUCGGUCAACGGCGCAAGAGAUAACACCGUCGUGGAACGUUACGUUAUUUUAUUGACAGAUGGCCUGUCGUCGGACCCGGCGGAUGCUAUACAGGAAGCGAAUAUUUUAAAAUCCGAAGGCGUGAAAAUCUAUACCGUCUGCAGCGGAAUGUCUAUACGACACGAAGAGUUGCUGGAGAUAUCCUCAUUCAAAGACCAUGUUUUUCCAAUGGCAACGGAAGGCGCUCUACAAACCCUUCUUAAGUAUACCAUGUUUGGCUGUGAGAAUUGUUCAAAAAACGUGUCAGAUGUUGCAGUGUUGAUGGAUGUGUCAGCUAAUAUAAAACCUAAAGAGUUUGACACCCAACUCAAAGCUGUCAUACAUUUGCUGGGGAUUACUGACGUCGGACUAAAUGCCACUCAGUUUAGUUACUCCACGUUCACGGAUACAAUGCACAACAUCUACAGCUUUGAUACACACGGUGAGCGAGUUGAUCUUAUUGCAGAGGUUAGUAAGAAAACAAAGCAUGUGUUUUCUACAAACGGUGACGUCGCUAACGCACUGAGUGACUUGUACCAAAAUGGACUUUCUUCCUCAAAAAGGUCAAGGUCGGAAGCUAGGCAGAUUGUAGUUUUGAUUACUUCUGGACACGUUGAUGAUACAAACCAAGUGAGAGCGGAGGCACAGCGACUGAAAGACUCUGGAAAUAUUAUCAUAACGAUAGGUGCCGGAUUAAGCGCCAACAUGACAAAUUUACUAGAAAUCUCUUCCGAUCCUGCAUUUACUUAUAUUCUCGGGGAUGACGUAAAUAUUAACGUUGACGUUCUUGACUCCCUAAAGACAACAUUUGUUUAUGACUUUUGUUCAAACAUUUGAUGCACUAAUCCGUCUGUCAAACUAUUUAAUUCUGUCCGGCAAAUCUGUUAAGGUACAUGCCUCUUCAUCCACAUCAAUAUUUUAUUUCGCUAAUAGAAAACAGUUGAUAUGAGAUAAGCCAGUAUGGCUUACAUUGAUAUCACGAUGCGCAUGAUACAAAGUACAGCUAAAUUACUUUUAUUUUGUAUCAAUUUUCAAUAGCGUGAACGCUUUUUCAGCGUAUUUUUAGAUAUUUCAGUGACUACAAGAGUGUUAUUAUAAAAAAAGCUAAAAAUUCACUUUAGAAACAGAACUCCUUCCUGAUGCAAUUACUAAGUAAAGAAAGCUUCUUUAAAAUUUCUUUAAAAUGGAAAUUAUGCGCAUCUUACUGCACAAAGUGAGAUUUUGGUGAAUGUUUUAUAAAAGCAAUUUUCGAUUGUUGUGCAAUUAAAUGUGUUAAAUUUUUGAUAAUGCCGCAUAAGUAUUCGAAGUUGAUGCUUAGAAAUAAAGAAAUCGGACUAAUAAAAUAAUAGUUCUUUUCUUCAAUCUUCUAUGCAGUGAUCUCCCUUACUUAUAGGUAGAGAUUUCUGAAGUUGAAGAGAAGCAACUCUUGCCUGCAGUGUGACUUUCCCCAGUGAAAAUAAGAAAAGUCAUAUUUGGAAAGUAAUAAUUUGUAAUGUAACAGGUUUGAAAGGUUCGGAAUAUUGUAUAUUCUAUAAAUCAUUGUUUAAUAUGCUACGUAGAAAGAUGAUAAACUAUAAUACUUGAUCUAAAUUGAAAAGCUGAAUUGUCAAACCUGUCACAAAACAUGUAUCCCAAGGGUUAAACAGGUAUACUUAGUUGUUUAUAUCAUUUACUUCCGGGAUCAAAGUUAGAUAUGUUAAAGGAAAAGGCACGACGUAUUGUGUAAUUUUACAUAGCGGUUAGACUGCUUAAUUAAAUAUAUAUGCUGAAAUAUAAUUAUCUACGGUUAGAGAGAGAGUUAGAUUUAGAGUUAGAGAGAAAGAUGGGUUAUAGAUGCUAGAUUGAUAAGGUCACCUUUACUUAAUAAUAUCUAGCUAAAAUGUUACGUUUAAAUAUUAAAGACUGUUGCUAUGAUAAAUAAAACUGGUUAAAAGGUUAUGUUUGUUGUAUUAAAUGGCCACGCUACGUUACAACGCGCGUUUCUGGAGCCGCAGACCAGGAUGGACCUUUGGAAUGUUGUCAGGGCACUACGAUGAAGUACGCAAUACCACUAGAUGAU